GAAUUUGUCAGCCCCUCUCAAACUCACCUCCCAAACAGUCGAAACAUGAGAAUGCUCCUGCACAGAUUUGCAGUUCGUCAAUUCUGCAGAGUAACUGAAAUGGGUACUCGUUUGUCUGGUGCUUCGGAAGAUAAUUGUGAUGUGUCGAACACGCUAGCAUGGUUCGGAGGCCUUGUCGACAUCAAUUGAAUUGGGGCAAAUCAAUUUAAUGUCUGUGGUUUGUGAGCAUCUUGGGUGAACCUUGCAAUUGGGGUUUUCGUUACUCGGGUAUCAGGUCAUCGAGCUGUUUGGUGCCUGAUGGUUCGCCUUCCUGGCUCUUAAGGGCUUCUGCGAUCUCAGCGUUAGCGUGGUUUUUCAUUCCAGGAAGACCUUAUCGAAGGUGAUUUCGUUUUCCGGUGUGCACAUUCUUUGUACAGGCGGAUUCUUCGUUGCCACAUUUGAUAUGGUUGGGCUUACUUCUCCUGGAUCAUUGCACCUAAAUUGGGGCUUGAUAAUUGUAGCCCUGUGACAAGUAUUCGGCUAUUUGUCACAGAGUUUAGGGUUUAGGGCUCAGCAAUUCCUUGAGGCAACCUGCUGGUAAUCCUGAGGCUCCGGAGAACCUCAGCAAGAAGUUUAUCUUUGUGAAUUUAAGGUUUAAGUCACAAUGAGGUAUGGAGGAGUGGAGGGCGUGAAGCGGAGAAGACUGGUGGUGGAGGAGUCAUCGACCUCCACAGUAUCAAAUUCUUCUAAUGUCAUUGAAACUGUUUCUGAAAGGGAAGCUCCUGCUGGUGAAACUUCUGUUUUUGAUCUCGACCUGCUCGAUUGUACCAUUUGCACGGAGCCUCUGGCAGCACCAAUUUAUCAAUGUGAGAACGGUCACGUUGCGUGCGCCUCAUGUUCCAAGCUGACCAAAAAUGUGUGCCCCUCUUGCAAACAACCAACGGGCUCCAUCCGAUGUCUAGCACUCGAGAAAUUGAUCGAAUCUCUCAAAGUCAAGUGCAAAUACUAUUCCUUAGGGUGCUCUGAAAUGGUGAAAUUCUCUGACAAGUGUUACCACGAGAGGAUCUGCUCAUGGGAGCCUCUGGCAUGCCCCUUUCCCGAGUGCAGCUUCCAAGGACAAUACAACUUCUUCCAGGAGCAUGUCAAGCUCAGGCACGGUGACAACUGGGCUCCUCUUGUCCCCGAAACCGACGUGAGCUUUUUCAUGAAGCCGACGGAUAGGUACUACAUGCUCUUCGAUAAGGGCAUAUACUUCAUGGUGCACCGCAGAAAGUCCAGCUUGGGUGACAUGUGCUACCUUUCUCUGCCGAAGGUUCUGUCAGCUUGUUAUGGUACGGGCACAUCCUUCCACUACAAAAUGGAAAUCAAGACAGUAAGCAACGUCGAUGGUGCAACCCUAUCCUCCUUCAAAGUGGAUGCGCAUUGCUGCAAUGAGGAUUCUAAAGCAUCGUCAAUCCCCAAGGACGGGUUCUUAAUUGUGCCUGAGGACAGAUCAGUGGAAGUCUCAGUUCUGUUUUUGCCUCCUCGUCUCUCACCGAAGUUCGGCAAUUCGUCACUUCGGUGGGGGGAUCCUUGAGUGGUCCCUGCAAGGUUGGUCACCAAGAUGAGCUUAUGGCUUACGUUCUCUAGAUACGUGGCAAGCAUAGUCUAGAGCUGUUUCAACGAAUUGGUUGAAUGGCAUAGUUCCUUGUUUAUUACAACAAUUUGUAUAGUUGAAAAUGCAUUUAGUAUCUAUAAUGAGUUCAUUACCUCCACUGAAUUUGUUGUGCGCCAUGCGCAGCCCUGAGUGUUCGUGUAAGAACUUUUUUCAUGAAAAUUAUCUGGUAUCAAAGAUGCGUCUUCUCUA